AUGCGGUCCGUGGUCCUGAACCUCAUCGUCCAAGUCAUUGCCUAUCCUGGAAGCCAAGUCUGCGUCGACUUUGAUGCAUGGGACAAGCGCACUACGGAAAACAUUCUCAUGAGCAUCCAGACAUCGGAGGCAGCUGAUGCGGGCUGGGCCACCCGGGAGGCCGAGCGUGCGGCAGAGGCGGCGAUCUUGGAGGAGCUGGAGCUCAGCCGUACCGAUGCGGCCCAACUCUGGAGGCUGCGUCAGCGUUUGGGCGACGGCAGCUACAACCCUGCAUGGCUGGCGGCCAGACGAUGGAGACUAACUGCCGGAAGGUUUUAUGCAGUCCGCAGGGUGGGAAAGCACAAAGAGCUUGCCAAAGCCUGGUUGGACCAUUGGUGGUAUCGAGGCCAGGAGAGGCUGAACCACAAGAUUAACAGGUCACACGACUUCGAGGAUCGGGUGCUUCGCAAGUACCGCCAAAAGCAUGGAAACGGUGUUCAGGAAGUGGGCCUCUUUGUCCAUCCAGAGCUUCCCUGGCUUGGUGCUUCGCCGGAUGGACUCCAUUGCUCUGAGGCGUGGGGAGACGAGCCCUUGGUGGCCCCGAAGCCCCUUCACCUCAUCGAGAUCAAGAGUGCCAGAACCCUCCUCGGUGCGAGGUCUCCAGCCUGGCACCAGGUGCAGGGUGCCAUGGCUGUUGCCUCCGCCGCGCUGGGAACGCCCAUCAGGAGCUGCAAGCUCAUCGAUCCCGUCGAGACGUACAACGUGCGCUUUGAUGAGGGAUGGUGGUCGAAGUACUUGCUGCGCUUGAAGAGAUUCUACUUUGGUACCUUCCUCCCCAUGGCAGCGAGGCGCAUUCUGCAGAAGUGGAAGUGGGCGGCUGCAACGCACUGA